AUGACUGAGAUGUACUCCGGGCUCCACGUGGGCCAGCGAUUCUCUUCUCUUGACGAGUUCAAGACAGUGAUUCGGAGUAUAUCAGUCAGACAACACUGGGAGCUUCGAGUGAUGCGAAGCAACAAAAAGAGUGUGGUGAUUGGUUGUCGCUCGGGCACAAAUUGCUACUUUCGCGUGGUCUGCCGUUCGAACAAGAACGCGACCUAUAUCACAAGUCUACAAGACAGUCACAGCUGUCGAAGGAGUGCAGAGACACCGGCAGCGACCCCGGCGCGCUCCGAAGCCUCUCAUGUUCGUUUCUUGUUGACAGAAAUCCCAAAGCUCUUUGACAUGAAAAGCAAGAUUACAGGACAGGAGGUCGUCGAUGCUGUGAAGCGUUAUCACGGAUACGAUAUUUCCAUGAGACAGGCGCAACGGGCCUUGAUUAAGCUCCAACCUCGACAAGCUGAUAGUCAGGCUGAUAACAGUCUGGACCUGGAAAUGAGUGUAGGUGAUCAGCAAUCGUCAUCUCAAUCCCAACCCGAAUCACAGGAAGACCCCGAACCAUCGUACCGGGCCAUAUCUGAGACUCGCUGGCUCCCAGAGCCACUCCCGUCAACAUUAAUGGACGACGAAGCUAUGAAUUCGACUCCUUCCCCACAGAACCAUGCGUCUCAAUUACCACAUCCCCCACCACAGCCCCACGGCACCGCCCAAGCCAUUCGCCCACAGAUACCGCAACCACCGCCCAUAGGAACCCCCAAUCAAACUCCAUUGAAUAAUGAUACACAGCCCAUGGUAUCACAACCAGCACUUGGAUACCAAGCUGUCCCUGUCCCCCUUGCCUUGCCCCUGGCUGGACCAGAGCACCAUCCCAAACCACCCGGUUACCCCCAUCCAUCACGCAGCGACCACCCCGCCGCUGUUCCUACCCAGAUGCUUAUGACGAAUUUCAAAAUUGAAUUCACGUGCACGAGCUGCGGGUCUCUGAACCAGAGUUUCUUCCCGAACCAAGGGAAUGUCACUGGCGGUGCAUAUAUGGGUCACCACCCAGUUCCAACCCAGAGCCCUGUCGCGAGACACUCAGUUCCUCACCCCCGUCUGGGCCGGGCGGAAAUCCCAACGAUGUCGCCGAGGACAAUACUUUUAACGUUAACGCCCUCAACGCUCGUGUCAUGCAGAAUCCGUGGGCGGCUGGGGCUCUAG